AUUGGGGAAUUUAAAUUGGGGUUCUCAUGGGAAAUCUUGUGUUAUUCUUUAUUCACUACAGAAGGUGAGAAGGAGGAAUUUAAAGAUCAGAAUUGGAAUCUGAGAAAGGAGAAUAGUAUUAUGGAUGACAAAGUCUCUCUUGUUUGCAGACGGACAGGCCCAUCUUCCGCUCCACCUAGAUCUAUAGACAGGACCACAGUGUUCUUAGCAUCCUGUGUUGGGCCACCCUUUACCUUCCACACCUGUGGCAGGUCUUUUAACAAAACCUCCAGCCUCAAUUGUCACCGGAGUGUUCACAGUCCAAAACAGAUUAACAGCUGUAGUACGUGUGGGAAGUCAUUUAGAAAACCCAAGGGCCUCCACUACCAUAGACAUAUACACCUUGGGGAGAAGCUCUUCCAUUGCACACUUUGUGAUAAGACCUACUGUGAUACUUCGGGACUAAGUCAUCACCAUUGUUUCCAUAUUUGUAUCCGGCUCCAUUCAUGCCCCUUCUGUGAGAAGAGAUUCCGUGACCAAUCUGAGCUCAGAUGCCACCAGAAGACACACCCAAGCCAGGAGCCAUUGGCUGGAAAUCAGAAGCAUAUUGUAAGGAUUCCAAGCACCAAAACUGGAAUUCCAGUUGGGAACAAAUGUCUAUCUGGGGGCUUGCAUCUGGAAAUCAUGCACCAGUGACCCGGUACCUAGAUCCUGUAUUUAGAACCAAGAGCCCUAUGACUCAGACCCUAUCUUCCUAUUGGUAGGAAUCAGAUAUUAGUGGCCAGAAACCAGGUGAUCACUUUGGAAACUCAGGCAACAAUUAAUACAACCUCAAAACAUGUGACCAAGAGUCAGGAACCCAACAUUAGAACUCUCUGUUGUGAUACCAGCUCUUAACUUUCACUCAGAGAUUUCAAGACUCAAGCUUUACUCUUGCCUUCAUUGUCCCUUGAGUUUUAUCAAGAAAGCCAGUUUCUCCGGCCACCAGCAGGUCCACCUCACAGAGAAGUCAUCCAGAUGCUUCCUCUGUGGCAAAUCCUUUAGCUCAUUCUUUGGUCUGUCCAGGCACCAACAGACUCACUGGAAAUAAGAUCUACUGCUGCCCUAUCUGUGAUAUCUGCUUUGGGGAGAAAGAGAGCCUUAUGAGUCACUGGGAGAGUUACAAAGGCAGGGGACAAUCUCAAUAAGUGCUAGACAAUCCUGGCUUAGAGGCUUGGCUUCCUUGUGGCAGAGAAGGAAGUGGAUUUUCAAGUAUCCUUACCCCCAGGAGAAGAGAAGACUGAGGAAGUGUUUAGAGGAAAGAAAGCAAGAGAGGAGGAAAGGUCUCGAAACACAAAUCACAUAAGUAAAUGGCUUUUUGAGAAUACAAGUAUGAAGAUGGGAGGAAAAGGAUGAGGGAAAGAACAUCUUGUACAGAACCUGUCUGUAUAAGAAGUAGAAGGAAUCCAUUCUAAAACAGGACUUCUCCCACUUUUUCGUCCCUACCUCUUGUUCUUCCUGAGACAGAUUGAUGAGAGUUUUGGCCAGUAUUUUAAAGGUUUCUCCUUAACUCUGCAGCUAACUCUUUAAGG